UAGUGAAGGGCGGUCCCAUUCUGAAGUUGUAAAAAGAGCCGGUUGGCGAUGGGAACGUUGACCAAAAUACCUUGGGGGAAACCUGAUAUAGUUUGAUUUUUUUUUCUUUUAAUCGAUAGGCAACGGUAAUGUCCCACAAGUCAACUCAACGGCUCGUCGGGACUCUUUUGGAUGUACUUAAAGUCCACUCGAACAAGUUUAUUCGGGGAAACUCCAAACGAGGAAAUGCCAGACACGUUUCUCCUGGUGGGUUCCUGACGUUAAGGAGGACCACCCUGCCUCAGUACGCCUCCUUCCCCAUCGACACACCCUAUCGCACCUUCAUCAACUUGGCUGCGCCCAGCGCUCGCCGCAGAACCGAGUACGCCGAGAGCCGGACCUUAGGGUACACGCCGGAGCAAAUGUUCGAUGUGGUGUCCAACGUGGAGCGGUACCCUCACUUUGUGCCCUGGUGCAAGAGCUCUCGCAUUAUCAGAGGCCAGGGCGGCGCCGUCCGAGCCGAGCUGGAGAUCGGAUUCCCGCCUGUGCUGGAGCGUUACACCUCCGUUGUCACCGUUGUCCCCAACCAACAAGUCAGAGCCUUGUGUACCGACGGGUCCCUCUUCAACCAUCUUGAGACAAUCUGGAGGUUUGAGCCAGGACCCGAAGACAUACCGGACUCUUGCAAAGUGCAUUUCUAUGUGUCUUUUGAGCUCAAGUCACUGCUUCAUUCUCGGCUGGCCAGCCUCUUCUUUGACGAGGUGGUCAAGCAAAUGGUCGGCGCCUUCGAGUCACGUGCAGCCAUGCUCUUCGGACACCAGCAGGAGGCGACCCUGAGGCGGCGGUUUACGUGACCCCGCUAACACACACACACAUACACACACAAAGCUAUACAGUAGUUUCAUGUUGAAUAAUUGUGUAUUUAUUCAUCACUAUUUUAUUUAUCUUGGCUCGUUUGUGCUUGUUUGUGCAUAUUUUAUUUCUGAUGGUUUUUAUUUGUUCACUUCUACUUUUUUUUUAAAUUAAA